UGGGCAGUUUCCGGUAGCGUCGGCAGUGGCGGGGAUAGUUGCUGUGUCAGGACGGGUCGGCGGCCUCCCGCCAUGGUGGGCGAGGGCGGUGCCUACCGGCUCCGCUGCUCCCUCGUGGGGCACGGGCAGGACGUGCGGGGCCUGACCCGCGGCCUGUUCCCCCAGGGCAGUUUCGUGUCCGUCUCCCGGGACCGAACUGCGCGGCUCUGGGCUCCUGACGGUCUUAACAGGGGUUUUACUGAAAUGCACUGUAUGAGUGGCCACUCAAAUUUUGUAUCUUGUGUGUGCAUCAUACCUCCAAGUGACCUCUAUCCUCGUGGGCUGAUUGCAACUGGUGGCAAUGAUCAUAAUAUUUGCAUUUUCACAGUUGACAACCCAGCUCCUCUUUAUGUCCUUAAGGGUCAUAAGAACACAGUUUGCAGCCUUUCAUCUGGGAAGUUUGGCACAUUAUUAAGUGGAUCAUGGGAUACAACAGCCAAGGUCUGGUUGAAUGACAGAUGUAUGAUGACAUUACAGGGUCACACAGCUGCAAUAUGGGCAGUGAAAAUACUUCCUGAACAGGGAUUAAUGCUGACUGGUUCAGCUGACAAAACUAUUAAACUGUGGAAGGCAGGCAGAUGUGAAAGAACAUUCACUGGACAUGAAGAUUGUGUGAGAGGUUUAGCUAUUCUCAGUGAAAUGGAAUUCCUUUCCUGUGCUAAUGAUGCUAGUGUUCGAAGAUGGCAGAUCUCUGGCGAGUGUCUGCAGGUGUAUUAUGGACAUACAAAUUAUAUAUACAGCAUCUCUGUCUUCCCUCAUUGUAAAGAUUUUGUAACUACUGGAGAGGAUAGAUCUCUCAGAAUCUGGAAACAAGGGGAAUGUGCUCAAACAAUCAGACUCCCAGCUCAGUCUGUAUGGUGCUGCUGUGUGUUAGACAAUGGUGACAUCGUAGUUGGUGCAAGUGAUGGAAUUAUAAGAGUGUUUACAGAGUCUUUAGAACGUACAGCAAGUGCUGAGGAGAUUCAGGCUUUUGAAAAUGAGCUUUCCCAAGCAUCCAUUGACCCUAAAACUGGUGACUUAGGAGAUAUUAACGCUGAUGACCUUCCUGGAAGAGAACAUCUUAAGGAUCCUGGAACAAGGGAUGGACAGACACGGCUUAUUAAAGAUAAUGGGAAAAUAGAAGCAUAUCAGUGGAGUGUUAGUGAAGGAAGAUGGAUCAAGAUUGGUGAUGUUGUUGGUUCUUCUGGAGCCACACAACAAACAUCUGGAAAGGUUUUAUUUGAAGGAAAGGAGUAUGACUAUGUUUUCACUAUUGAUGUAAAUGAAAGUGGGCCUUCCUACAAACUGCCAUAUAACAUCACUGAUGAUCCUUGGCUGACUGCAUACAACUUCCUGCAAAAGAAUGACCUAAAUCCUAUGUUUCUGGAUCAGGUGGCCAAGUUUAUUAUGGACAACACUAAGGGGCAAACACUGUUGAGUACAAGUGCUCAAUUUUCAGAUCCAUUUACAGGUGCUGGACGUUAUCUUCCAGGCUCUUCAUCUGGAUCAAGUAUGAUGCCUGCAGCAGAUCCAUUUACAGGUGCUGGUCGCUAUGUUCCUGGUUCAGCAUCAAAUGCAGUAGCUCCAGUGGGUGGCGUUGAUCCAUAUAUAGGAAUGGGUGCCUACCAAUCAGCUGCAGCUAAAGUUGAAAAUAUUUAUUUUCCAAAGAAGGAUGCUGUCACCUUUGACCAGGCCAAUCCUAUGCAGAUACUGGGCAAAUUAAAGGAACUUAAUGGCAGUGCAACUGAAGAACAUAAGCUUACAGAAGAUGACUUGAUAACCCUAGAAAAGUUAUUGUCUGCAACAUGUAACACCUCUGCAGAAGCACCUACAGCACAGCAACUUCAGACUUUAUGGAGAGCAGUUAACUGGCCAGAAGAUAUUGUCUUUCCAGCCCUAGACAUUCUUAGACUGUCUAUCAGGCAUCCCACUGUGAAUGAGAACUUCUGCAGUGAAAAGGAUCAUGUACAAUUUAUCAUCCUUCUCCUUAAAUUUCUGAACCCCAAAGGAAAGCAAGCAAACCAGCUGUUGGCACUUAGAGCUCUUUGCAAUUGUUUUGUCAGCCCGGCAGGCCAGAAGCUUAUGAUGGAACAAAGGGAUGAAAUAAUGACACAAGCAAUAGAAAUGAAAUCGGGCAAUAAUAAGAACAUCCACAUUGCGCUUGCCACGCUGACAUUGAACUAUGCUGUGUGUUUACUUAAAGUCAACAACAUUGAGGGCAAAGCUCAAUGUUUGUCAGUAAUCAGCACAGUUAUGGAAGUUGUUCAAGAUCUUGAAGCCAUUUUUAGACUGCUUGUGGCUCUUGGGACGCUAAUCAGUGAUGAUACAAAUGCUGUGCAAUUAGCUAAGUCUCUUGGAGUUGACUCUCAAAUAAAAAAGUAUGCCUCUGUAUCAGAACCAGCUAAAGUAAAGGAAUGCUGUAGGUUUGUUCUUAAUCUGCUGUAAUUGGUUUUUUUAGCACUCGGGAGACAGUGUAUGCAGAAAAAAAAGAUGCUUUUAUUCAUAUUUUAUGACAGACUAUAAUUGAGAAAAUACUGUGGAUUAAUUACACUUGAUUUGUUGCAAGAUACAGAUCAAAUAAAACUUUUUACAUUGU